GCCGCUUUUACAAACGCCACUUUUCCUCUUCAUCGCAUGCUUCUUUUGCAAGGGGACAUUCGUCCCCCACAUAAUCCACUGGCAUGGUAUAUUUAGUGAGGGUAUUAAUUUAUACCAUCAGUGCACCAUUAUGUAUGGCUUCUAGAGCGUCAAAGGAGAGACAAUGGGUAAUUGAUUAAUAAUACCUAGUGAAUAAUAAAAGCAUUUAAAGAGAAGGUUUGUAGUAUAUAGAAAGACAAAAUGGAUUUUCAAUCAAAAACAGUUCGACAGUUACAAGAUUACUGUCGAGAAAAUGAUAUUCGAGGAUACUCGAAACUUAAAAAGGUGGAACUGAUCGCCCUCAUUCAAUACCACAACGGCUUUUCCAGGUUCCACAAUGACUUGUUUAUCAAGCGAAAGAAGAAGAGGGAGCUAAAAAUCAGGUGUUGCGGAAAGUUAAUAAAGGAAUCUAGCAUAAAUAAGCACUUACAAACUAAAGCUCAUCAAAACUAUAAGCCUAAGAAGGCCAGCCAGGAGGUUCACAGAGAUGAUUUUGACAAUAUGCAGGGGCUGCAUCAUAUGACCAUUAACCAACUACGUGAAUUUUGUCGAUCGCGUGGCAUCGCAGGCUAUUCCAAACUACGGAGGAAGGCAGACAUCAAAGCAUACAUAGAAAGCGUUUUGUUCAACCGUCACUUCGAAUUUGAUUCCGACCUGUUUUCAGAUUCGCGAGAGAGAAGGCUAUAUACCCCCAAUGAAAUUGAUACGGCUUUUGAAAACCGUUUGGUGACGUAUGAUGUCCAAAAUGAGCACAAUCUGAUGCUUCCCAAAGACUUCUUGAACGAUGUUUCAUCACUGGUCCGGGGUCUUAUUACAAAACAUCUGAAGAGGCUGCAUGGCUUGAAGGUUAAUUUCCAAUUUCUCUGUGACUAUGAAAAAGGGAAAGAUGAAACGAUGACAGAAAUGGAGAAAAACUUCAAAACAAAAAAUGAAGUCAUCUUAGAAUCAACUGAUUUGGUAGCUUAUUACAGAUCAGUUAUCCAAAAAAUUAUUGACGGAGAUGGAGGAGUUUGUUGCAAGGGGUUCAGGUUGGACGCUUGCUAG